AUGGCACACGGCAAUGGAGUGCACAAAGUGAUCAAGCGAGUGCUGAUCCUGGGUGACAACUACGCAGGCUCCUCAAUCAUCAAAGCCUUGAGCCAGACAGACCUAGAGAUCCAUGUAGCACAUCAAUAUGCACCAGCAAGUUUGACCGACGGUUUCACCCACCACAUCAGCGACAUCACGACAUCUCUCACCUCACUUUUCCAACAGCUUCACCCCGACCUCAUCAUCAGCACAGCAUCCGGCGGCUCCUUCUCCACCCAACAAAACAUCAUCGACUCGGCCAUCGAAGCUCAAGUUCCACGUUUCGUACCUGCUGAGUUCAGCCAUGACAGUUUGAACAAGAAUAUUCAGGGCCGGCUCCCACCAAGCCGGGAAAGAGCACGCACUAUUGAGUAUCUCCAACAGCAAGCAAAAGCUGGUCGCAUCGAAUGGGUCGGAGUAGCAACAGGCACAACACUCGACCAUGGUAUUCUGAGCGGUAAUCUGGGCUUUGACCUGAAAUGGCAGAGCGCAACGCUGCACGGGCAAGGGCAUGAGCGAUUCGCAGCUAGCUCUUCGGCUUGGAUCGGUCGUGCGAUGCUCGCGAUCAUCGAGCACUGGGAGGACGUGAAGAACCAGUACCUCUACGCUUCUGGCCUACCAACCAGCGGCAACGAAGUCGUCUCAGCAUUGGAAAAGGAGACAGGCAAGACCUUCACAGUCGGCCGCGCAGACGUGGAAGAAUGCAUUCACGAAGCGGAACGGAGAUUACAGCAAGGCUUCCCUGACGCGGGCAUGUUUCUCAUGGAGCGGAGUGUGCUGUACGAUGAAUCUUUGGACGCUGUGCGAGCGUUUGAGGAGGCAGAUGCGAAGGAGAAGCUUGGGCUUGAAGCAGAGAGCUUGCAUGAUAUUGUGCAUGGGGUCCUGCAUGACGAGAGGGAGCACGGUGGGAAGCCUGGGUGUGGUUGUGAUUGA